AUGAAGUUUGAGAACAUUCUUGCUGAGAUUAAUGGAUUCGGAAGAUUUCAGGUAAUGAUCAUUGUGAUCAACUUCAUCGGCCGCUUCACGCUGCCCUGCCACUUCAUGCUCAGCAACUUCAUAGCAGCUGUUCCCGCUCACCACUGUGACAUCAGCUCUCUGGACGAUGGGGGUGUUUUUAUGAAUUUAUCUCAUGCCGAGAGGCUUGUUGUUAGUAUUCCGGUCCAGCAGGAUGGGACUCCAAGCUCCUGUUCCAUGUUUACGGAGCCUCAGUAUCACCUGCUGUUGAAUUUCUCUGACAUUACUGACGCACCCACGGUGCCGUGCCAGAACGGAUGGGUGUACGAUAACACCACCUUCAAGUCCACUCUGACCUCAGAGUGGGACCUGGUGUGUGAUAAAAGAGGGAAAAACAAAGCAACUGCUAGCAUCUUCUUUGUUGGAGUCAUGUUUGGAGCCAUGUCUUUUGGAAGUCUAAGUGACAGGUAUGGCCGAAGGAUCAUGCUGCUGGUAUCUUAUGUGUCUGGAAUGCUGUUUGCUAUUGCGAGUGCAUUUUCUACGACCUACGUGAUGUUCGCAGUGCUGAGGUUCUUCACUGGCUUUUGCAUCACUGGCAUCGUCAUCGCCUCACAAGUGCUCAGUGUGGAGUGGGUGGACAUUGAGCACAGGAAAGUGGUGGGCGUGAUCGACAGCUUAUCCUGGACAGUUGGGAACAUAGGCUUUGCAGCUAUUGCCUAUUUUGUGAAUGAUUGGCGGUGGCUGAUUGUGAGUGUUACAUCACCUUUAAUCCUGGCCAUCAUCAUGUGGAGGUGGCUGCCAGAGUCGGCGAGGUGGCUCAUUGCCAAUGGGAAGUUUGAGCAAGCCCAGAUGUAUUUGAAAAAAUGUGCCAAGAUGAAUGGAACACAGGAGUCAACUGUAGCACUAAAAACAGAGACAUUAGCCACUAUCAUCGUGACUGACAAAAGAGAUCGUUCCUAUUCCUACCUCGACUUAGUGCGAACACCUGAGAUGAGGAAGCUGGCCCUGCGCACUGGUCUGUUAUGGUAUUGCAUUGCAAACGCAUAUUAUGGCAUCAGCCUCAACAUCGCAAGCUUUGGGCUCAGCUUGUAUCUCACUCAGUUAACCUACGCUUUAAUUGAGCUGCCAUGCAAACUGUCAAACUACUACUUGCUGGAUAGGGUGGGCAGACGGAGCAUUGAGGUGGGAGCUCUGCUGGUUACUGGGGCCUGUCUUGGAAUCAACAUCCUGAUACCAAAAAAUAUGUCUGUUGCCCGAACGGUGGUAGCCAUCAUUGGAAAAGGGUUUUCUUCAGUAUCCUUUGCAACUGUGCUGUACAGCUCUGAGCUGUAUCCUACUGUAGUGAGGCAGAACGGUAUGGGCUACAACUCCUUCAUGGGUCGCUUUGGUGUAGCUGUGGCUCCUCUGAUCCUUUUACUGGACGUCUGGAAGGAUCUGCCCCAGGCCGUCUUGUGCUGCACAGCUUUCCUUGGGGCAAUGGUGGCAAGAACGCUGGCUGAGACCCGCAACAGGUGCCUGCCCGAGACCAUCGAGGAUGUUGAACAGAAGCAGUAGUUAACAGGACCGCUGACUUGUUUUUCUCGCUUUGUGUUUCCUUUUUGUCUCACUUGCGUCAUUUGUCUAUUUUUUGUAAUUUUUGUUGUUCUUUUUUUGUCUUGCUUGUGUCGUUUGUCCAUUUUUUCAUUUUGUUUCUGGCUUUUGAGGUUUUAUGUCUCGUUCUUGUCAAUUUGUCUAAUUUUUGUAGUGUUUUGUCUUGU